GUUUGGUUAGAACUGUAUUACAUUAUGGUUUGCUCUCUCUGUUUUCGUGCUGGGUUUCAUGGUUGAACCCCAUUCAGAUUUUCUGAUAAACAUUCCAGAUCUGAUUUGCCUGUGGUUGUUUUGCCAUUUACGCUUAUGGAGGGAACUGUAUUGACUCUUUGGAAUGGGACUAUUUGCAUGCACAAGUAUGAUGAAAAUAUAUAUGACUUGUUAAGGUUUGUGUAUAUGUAAUGCAGAGUUGUGCUUGGUUUUCCUGGCUUGUGAGUCAGUUAAAGAUUUGAAAGACUAAGAGGCAAUGUGAGAAGCUUCUUUUGAAUUUGUUUAUGGAUUGGUACUGAAGAAUUGUUGUGGAUAUUAGAAUUGGUUUGAAUUGUUUUGUUGAGGAUUUGCGUAUGGUACUCACUUACUGAGGCAUAAAAAAUGAUUGGAAGGAAAAACAUGGGUCGGCCAUCCCCAGUGCUUCUUGUUCUUUUGGUGCUUGGAUUUUUCUUCGCUACAUACAAUCUAUUAACCAUCGUAAUGCACCACAAAGCCUCUAGCUCAGAGAAUUUGAGUGCUGAUGGAUUGAAAUUGUUAGAACCCGUAAGACUAAUGCCUGAAGAAACGAAGACAGAUGAGAUUUCAAAAUCAAAGUAUCAUGUCGCCCUUACAGCAACUGAUGCUCCUUACAGCCAGUGGCAGUGUCGAAUUAUGUAUUACUGGUAUAAAGUGAUGAAAGAUAAGCCUGGAUCAGAUAUGGGAAAGUUUACCCGAGUCUUGCAUUCAGGUACCCCUGACAAUUUGAUGGAGGAGAUUCCUUCAUUCGUUGUUGAUCCUCUUCCACAGGGCUUGGAUAGGGGUUAUAUUGUCUUGAACAGACCAUGGGCUUUUGUCCAAUGGCUGGAGAAAGCAACAAUAGAGGAAGAGUACAUUUUAAUGGCGGAACCUGAUCAUAUAUUUGCAAAUCCUUUACCCAACUUAGCAAAAGGAAAUCAUCCAGCAGCAUAUCCAUUUUUCUAUAUUAAGCCCGCUGAAAAUGAAAAAAUAAUUAGAAAAUUCUAUCCAGAGGAGAAUGGUCCAGUGAACAAUGUUGAUCCCAUUGGAAAUUCUCCUGUAAUCAUUAAAAAGUCCAUUCUGGAGGAAAUUGCUCCCACGUGGGUGAAUGUUUCCUUGAGAAUGAAAGAUGACCCGGAGACUGAUAAGGCUUUUGGAUGGGUGCUUGAAAUGUAUGCAUAUGCUGUAGCAUCUGCUUUACAUGGGGUGCGGCAUAUUCUUCGCAAAGACUUCAUGUUGCAGCCUCCGUGGGAUUUGGAAGUUGGUAAGAGAUUUAUUAUCCAUUAUACCUAUGGAUGUGACUACAACUUAAAGGGAGAGCUGACUUAUGGGAAAAUUGGAGAAUGGCGUUUUGAUAAGAGAUCUUAUCUAAGUGGUCCUCCACCAAAAAACCUUUCAUUACCUCCUCCAGGAGUUCCUGAAAGUGUGGUAAGACUUGUGACAAUGGUGAAUGAGGCUACUGCAAACAUUCCUGGGUGGGAAACUUAAGUCAAUGUGAAUAACAAUUGCAUGAAACAGAAGAUGAUACAUAUACAGAUGGAUCUUUGGUUAUUGACAGUAAAAGUAAAGAAGUAAAAACACAACUGAAGGCUGCAAUUCUUUUGUAAACACUAGAUUUUUUUUUUUUUGGGUGGGGUGGUGUUAAACAUUUACGACGGGGAGUUUACAGAGUUUUUAAACUACACUGGCCUCAUUUCAGAUAUCAAGAGGUUCAUUCUUGGAUACAUGUAAUAUGGAAGUGAUCGCAUUAGUUCGUUAUAGAGCUUAUAUGAUUCAAAGAAAAUAAUAAUAAUUAAAAAAAUUACUUUUAGAAUCC